AUGGCAGAUGCUUACAGAUUCUCACAGCAGAGCGCUGGGAGUUACUACUUCCCACAACAGACGCAACAGCAUCUUCCGAGACAACAGAUCAUUCGCAAUACCACUCCGCCAAGCAGCAUUAGACCUGUCUACAACGCCGAUACUCCCUCCCCAUCUCGAUCGCCUGACCCUCACUCGCCCGCGCCAAAUAUCUACGCGAUGUUCAACCAGAGUCACCAGCAAGGGCAGCAUGGCCGCGUCAAUGGAGGGCCUGGGCGAGGGAAUAUGCCAAUAAUGUUCAACAACUUCCAGCAUCAAAACUCCCCACACCAUCCUCACAAUGCCCAUAACACCCAUACGACUCUCCAGCAAGACCAUAAUACGCACUCGACCAAUGGAGGGAUUAUCGGUCAUCAUGCCACUUACUCAUCGGGGGUAUUGUCAAAUGCAACGCCGAGCUUCACCCCAAACUCCCUCACAAAUGGGCACUCGGGGACGACACGUGGUGGGCAAGCAGUCCAAAUCUCUGAACACUGGGCAAGGCAGCUAGAGAUGCACAAGGAGUCUGAGAAGGCACAUGUUCACAUGGCGGAUGGGCACUCUCACCACUACGCUAGGAUGAAGGCUGGAGAGAACAAGGGACUUGCCUUGGUUGCUCCACCAGAUCCAGACACACAAGAUAGCGACGAGAAGGAUCUGAGCCGUAUGUCGACUCAGUCCACUAAACGCCAGGAUUGGUUCAAUCUGGAUUUUAGUGGCCAGGGUAUCAAAGUACUCGCUGAACCGAUCUUCCAGUACCAAUUUCUGAAGAAACUAUAUGUGGCUUCUAAUAAGCUGACGAGGCUUCCCUCCUCCAUUCGGCACCUACGGUCACUACAGCACUUGGAUGCCUCUAAUAACCUCCUGACCGAAUUGCCUCCGGAAUUGGGCAUGUGUGUAUUUUUAGAGAAUCUCCUGGUGUUCGAUAACUCGAUACAGACGUUGCCAAACGAGCUUGGAUCCUUGUUCCAUCUUGAAAUGCUCGGUAUCGAAGGCAAUCCGCUUGCGCCAGAGUUGAAGCAGGAAAUCAUGGAAAGGGGUACCAAAUCCCUAAUCACACUGCUCCAAAAUCAAGCUCCUCCUCCUAUGCCUCCGAACAGCCGUGACAAGAUCGAACUUCAAGAAGGCGAACCGAACCCCAAUCAAGAGACCUUCAAAGUCUAUUCCUUUAACAUUCUUUCGGACCAGGCGUGCACUCGAAAGAUGUACGGUUACAGCCCUGCAGAAGCUUUGGAGUGGAGCUAUCGAAAGGAGUCCAUUCUCACGGAUAUCCAGAGCAAUGACGCGGAUUUCGUGUGCUUACAAGAAGUUGAUACGGAUACUUACGAGUCGUUCUUCAGAAUGCAGCUUGCUUACAAUGACUACAAAGGUGCUUUCUGGGCGCGGACUCGCUCGAAGACCAUGGCCGAAAAAGAAGCGGUAAAGGUUGAUGGAUGCGCAACAUUCUGGAAGAAUAGCAAGUACAUACUGCUUGAUAAGCAGCUUAUCGAUUUCGCGAACAUUGCCAUCAAUCGACCAGAUAUGAAAAGCCACCACGAUAUUUUCAACCGGGUCAUGCCGAGGGAUCACAUUGGAGUGGUCACGUUCUUCGAAAAUAGGCAAACAGGAUCCCGAUUGAUUCUUGUCAAUACCCACAUAUUCUGGGAUCCCGCUUACGCAGACGUCAAGCUGAUCCAAACCGCUAUCUUGAUCGGAGAAGUCAACAAAUUAGCCGAAAAAUAUGCGAAGUGGCCCGCGUGCAAAGACAAGAAGGCAUUUGGCUUAGCCAAUGAAGAUGCGGACCAGGAUACAUCCCCAGAGCCUACGCCUCAACCAUCAAGGGAGUACACGAGCAAGACUCAGAUACCACUUGUGAUCUGCGCCGACCAAAACUCGACUCCUGAUUCGAGCGUUUUUGAGUUGCUGGCUAAGGGAUCCGUCAGAGCCAAGCAUCCCGAGCUUGGGGGCCGCAGUUACGGCAAUUUCUCCAAAGACGGAAUAGAACAUCCAUUCUCCUUGCGUUCGGCAUACACCAACCUUGACAAGACUCCAGAUGCAGUUCCGUUUACCAAUUAUGUACCUACAUUCAAGGGUGUCAUCGAUCAUAUUUGGUAUUCAACGAACGCUCUGGAAAACAUCUCGCUCCUGGGCCAGGUUGACCCCGAGUACAUGAAGGCAGUUCCUGGAUUCCCCAACUACCACUUCCCGAGUGACCACCUGUCACUCAUGGCGGAGUUUGCAGUCAAGGGCGCCAAGGGGAAGAAAGUUAUCACGGAGCCUGAUUUUGGCCCUUCGAGUAGGAGUAACGAUCGAAGGAGGAACUAG